AUAUGUAGACUGCAUUCAGUUGAAAAUGUAUUACAUUUUAAGUGCCAUAAAAGUAAUAUGGUUCACUCUGAAACGAAACUUAAUUCGAUUUACUGUGGAGCGGAACGUACUGUCAGAAGUGCUUGCUUACAGGGGAGAUGUAAUAUGACGCACACGCAGGAGGAGGUACAGCUCAAGGAUACCUAGAUGCAUGAGGUUUGCAAUGGCAUCCAGUAUAAACAUAAAAAAUGGACUUUUAACCACCAAAAAUUCUCUCCACAUAAAGAUUCCCUAUCCCACAUUUAUACAGAGGCCAACAGAGAUCAAAUGCUCAAGAGCAUUAACAACAGGACAGCACAAUGAGCAGUACUGUAUUGAUAUUGUAAGGAAAAGGGACUAUGAGGGAUUUUUGUGUUCAUUGCUUUUUCCUGAGGCUGUUCGUCGAUCUGCACUGGCACUGAGGGCGUUCAAUGUAGAACUGGCACAGAUUAAGGACUCUGUUUCUCAGAAAACCAUUGGUUUAAUGCGAUUGCAGUUCUGGAAGAGCGCCGUGGAGGAUAUUUACAGAGAUGACCAUCCAGCCCAGCCCGUCAGUGCAGAACUGUGGAGGGCAGUGAGGAAGCACACAUUAACAAGGAGGUGGAUGUUAAGAAUUAUAUCUGAAAGAGAGAAAGAUAUGGAGGACAAAGCAUACAGGAAUCUUCAAGAGCUGGAGGCCUAUGGCGAAAACACACAAUCCUCUCUUCUUUACCUGCUGCUGGAGACACUUGGUGUGAAAAACAUCCAUGCAGACCAUGCCGCAAGCCACAUUGGCAAAGCCCAGGGCAUCCUGACCUGCCUGCGGGCGACCCCAUACAACAGCAGCAGACGCAAGGUCUACCUGCCCAUGGACAUCUGCAUGCUGCGUGGCGUGUCUCAAGAGGACUUCAUCCGUGGCAGCAGGGACCAGAACGUCAGGGACGUCGUUUAUGACAUUGCCAGCCAAGCCCAUGUCCAUCUCCAGCACGCUAGAUCAUUCAGCAAGAACGUUCCACAUGCGGCCAUGCCUGCCUUCCUGCAAACGGUUGUUUUGGAGGACUACCUGCGGAGAGUGAGGAAAGUAGACUUUGAUGUGUUUCACCCCAGCCUACAAAAGAGGAAUCCAAUGCUGCCCCUUCAACUGUAUUUACGGUCGUGGAAGAAGAUCUAUUGAUCUGUUUGAUUAAAACAUCAUCUGAUUGCUUCAGAUAAGCUCCGUCAAACAAACCAAACACUUGUAAUAAAUCAUCUAGCUUCUAUAUGUUCACAAUUUUUAUGUAUUCCUGUCCUUUUUGAUGACGGAAAGCAAAGUAUUCAAUUACUCAAUUUUUUUUCAAGCUUCACAGAAAAUAACCACAAUCAAAAUAUUAAAUUAAAAUGUGUCUGAACCUAACAACACUUAUUUCCAAACAUAAUACAAACCGUUUUGAAUUUGUUAAAGUAUCUGCAUAGAGUUGGUGGCAUGAAUUGAAGCAAAAAUUUUCCCAACUUGGCCUGUGGGACAUGUUUCGUAAUAAAUUCAAUUAUUUAAGACAUUUGCAUUUACUUAUUUAUAGGUGAGGAAUGUGUCACAUGCCCUUUCUGAUAGGCAAGGUCAACCAAUUCUGUUUCACGCUGCAAGUGUGAUGCAAGGUGGUAUAUUUUUAGUGGCACAAUCAUGAGUUUAUUUAGUCAUAGAAAAUACAGUCCUCCCACUGCCACAAAAGCUCUUAUCUGAUCGACAAGAAAACAACUCCUGGCUGUUUGUGACUGCUCUUGAUCUGCAGAGAAUAUUUUGCUGGGAGCGAGGUCUUCUGCGUUGCUUUGCUUAACUCAUUCAGUCGCUUUCAUAAAGGACAGAAAACGAUAUAUAUGCAAGCAUUGUUUUUUCGGUAAUAUGUGUUGAUGACAUUCGUACCUGAAUGUAUGUGCUUUCUGACUAGCUAGACUAGCAUGAGGGGCUGAGGGACCAGCCAUGACCAGCUU